AUGGCACCAGGCGUCACGUCGGCGAACGGGGGGCACGCAUCGAACGGUGCGGCGCCGGCUCCUCGGUUUCUUCCCCCUGGAGUAUCCGUGGAGAAGUUCCAAGAGUUCGCAGCAAGCCUUCAAAAGGCAGUCGGAAAAGACAACCUCCAGAUCAUCACCAGAGACACCCCUCUAGAUGAUGGUGACUAUCAGACCGUCGAUUGCCAGACGCACGACAUGCACUCUCUUUACGAGCGUGAGGAAUUUGUUGGCAGCGCGCUCAUUCACCCCCGCAAUGUAACAGACAUCCAAGCGGUCAUCAAGCUCUGCAACGAAUAUCUCGUUCCUGUGUGGACGUACAGCAAAGGUCACAAUAUCGGCUACGGCGGUGCCGCUCCCAGAGUAUCCGGAAGCUUGGUGAUGAACCUGGGAAAGCACAUGAACCGCAUCAUCGAGGUCAAUGCCACGGACUGCUACUGUCUCGUUGAGCCCGGUGUCACCUAUUUGCAGAUGCAAAAGUAUCUUGAUGACAACGGGCUGCGGGACAAGGUGUGGCUGGACUCACCGGAGCUCGGCUACGGCUCCAUGAUCGGGAACGCACUGGACCAUGGCGUGGGCUUCACUCCCUACGGUGAUCACUGGAUGAUGCACUGUGGAAUGGAAGUUGUGCUGGCCAGCGGUGAGGUCGUCCGCACGGGCAUGGGUGCGAUGCAGAGUCCCGAAGGCCGCAAGCAGGCGGCUCAGGGGGUACCGCCCCAGGAUCAGCAUCAAAAUGAGUGUUGGCAACUGUUCCCUUAUGGGUUUGGUCCAAUCAACGACGGAAUUUUCUCCCAGAGCAACAACGCCAUUGUCACGAAGAUGGGCAUGUGGCUCAUGCCCGCACCCCCUGGAAUUACUCCCUUCAUGGUGACAUAUGAGAAGGAUGAAGAUCUUGAGGCCGUCGUCGAUAUUAUUCGUCCGCUUCGUGUCAACAUGGUUCUUCAGAAUGCAGCUAGUCUCCGUCACAUCUCGCUCGAUGCGUCGCAUUACCACCCCCGCACAGCAUACACUGAUGAUCCCAAUACCCCGCUCACGGAAGAGCAACUGGAUGCUGCGGCGAAGAAGGUCGACCUUGGCCGCUGGGUUUACAUUGGUGCGGCCUACGGACCCGAGCCCAUCCGCAAAGCCCAUCUCGAAAUCACUAAGCGUGAAAUGACCAAGGUUCCCGGAAGCCGGUGGUUCCUGCUUGAGGAUCGUAAAGAAGAGCACAGCACCUUGCACUGCCGUGCUGACACAAUGCGAGGCUUGCCGACAUGGGAUGAGCUCAGGUGGCUCAACCAGUGGAUCCCCCACUGCACAUUCUUGUCAUUCUCGCCAAUCUCCAAGGUUGAUGGCAAGUCUGCCAUGAAGCAGUACACGAUGGCUAAGAAACGCUUCGCGGAGGCAAAGUUGGACUACUUUGGUAUUCUCAGCAUUGGCAUGCGUGAGAUGCACAACAUUGUGUGCAUCGUUUAUAACAGGGAGGAUCCUGACAUGCGUCGCCGUGCGCAGUGGCUCGUCCGUACCAUGAUCCAGGAUUGCGCUGACAACGGCUGGGGCGAGUUCCGUACUCACGUCGCUCUCAUGGAUCAGAUCGCGGAUACGUACGACUUCAAUAAUCAUGCGCUCGGCAAGUUGAACCAGACCAUUAAGGAUGCAUUGGACCCGAAUGGCAUUCUGGCACCUGGAAAGAGCGGUGUUUGGCCCAAGAGCUACGAUAAGUCCAAGUAUGUCCUCAACAAAGACUACAUCGAAUAA